AUGUUAUGUUCUUCGGACCCUGAAGAAGAAAGUAUUCUUUUCUCUAACUGGGCCACGUGCCACUUAAAGGAUGGCAACUGCAGGGACUACAUCAAGGAUUGCACUUCAGCCCUGGCCCUGGUUCCCUUCAGCGUGAAGCCCUUGCUGCGGCGAGUGGCGGCCUACGAGGCUCUGGAGAAGUACCCGCUGGCCUAUGUCGACUACAAGACUGUGCUGCAGAUUGAUGCCAGUGUGACGCCAGCCUUGGAAGGCAUCAACAGGUGUUUUGGUCACCACGAGGCAGGUGUUGCCCGUGGCAUUCGCUACCUUAGAGGAAUAGAAACAGCGCUGCCGGCGUGGAGCCUGGGCUUGGUCGGCCCUUCUUCCCCUCUGAUUUUCCUGAACCAUCCAAAUCAGCACACUCCAGCACUCUGCCAUUUGGUCCUGAAGCAGUACAAGGAAGCAGUGAAGGACUGCACCGAAGCCCUCAGGCUGGAUGGGAAGAACGUGAAGGCCUUCUACAGACGGGCGCAAGCCUACAAGGCGCUCAAGGACUACAAAUCCAGCUGUGAAGACAUCAGCUGUCUCCUUCGACUUGAGCCCAGGAACGGCCCUGCCCAGAAGUUGCGGCAGGAAGUUAACCAGAGCUUAAACUAAAAACCCAGAAGGGCCAUGGGAAACCUCUGCCUGAGCUCCCUCGUCCGUGCCUGCCCCAGAGCGAGCGCGGAAGCAACUCGGAGGUGAUGGCUUCCCACUCCUUAAGUGGCUCGGCUUGUUCAAAUGAAGCCCAGUGUAGUAAAAACAAAAACCAUGUUGUUUUGCUGGGACGGUCCCCACCCCCUGCCCCGGACAGCCAGCAGGCCCACAGCAGCAGGCCCCUCCUCGGCGGGGCGCUGGGCGCUGUCCCCGGCCCAAGCAUGCUCCUGCCUGCUGCCCUUGUAGCUUCACCAGACCCGUCUCGCUGUGGUUCAUGUGGGCAAACCGAGCUCCGGGGUGGGGUGCUGGGGGAGAAACCAGAAGACCCUGGCCUCCUGACACCCAGAGCAGCCCCCUGAGCUGGUUCUCCAGGGCUGCCGUCCCCACCCUGACCUUGGCAGGGGCCCGUGUUCUGAGCCCCAGUGCCUUUGGGCUGGCCCUCCUCCGGCAGGGAUGCGGAGUCCUGACACGUGGCUGGCUCUGCCUGCAGUGCUCGGAGGGGCCCAAGGUGUGGCCACUUCCAAAGGUGGGAGGGAGAGAGAGGCCUUCUUGAAGUCCGCAUCCUUCCAGUCUGGGCGUGUGUUUAAGUUUCUGCAUUAAACAUGUUUUCUUGUACAUAAA